AUAAAAAAAUGAACGUGGAAGUAUCUUCUCUGCGCUUCAUUGUGAAAUUAGGUUCACACACUGCAGAACAGACGAAGGUCGCGAACAGCUCCUAAGAAAGGCACAGACAGAGACAAACAGAGCCGCAGCGGAGUCUAUUUCAGUGGCUGCCCGAGUGUGCCUUUGACCUUCCAUGAGUAUUUAUAUAUCGAAUUGAAGUUGAAAUCUGUCUGUCCUCUACUCAUCUCUCUCUUCAAUCUCUAGAUGGCUGAUGUUGUUCGAUUAUCAUCUCAUUCUCUUCGCUUUUCCUCUUCUCUGAUCACAUCUUUCUCGCCCACCUUUAAUUCCUUCCAACCGAGCCUCCCACCGAUUCAGAGUUGUAAUUCGGAUAAGAGGGUUUUUACUGUUCUACACUCUUCUGCUGCUGAUGUUGCUCGCCUUGCUUACACUCCCCGGAAGCAGUUGCUAUCUUUCAAGGUACACGCAACUCUUGCUGAAACUGAACAGCCAAAAUGGUGGGAAAGGAAUCCUAGACCAAACAUGAUUGACAUACAUUCUACACAAGAAUUUUUGAGCACCCUAAGUGAAGCUGGAGAUAGAUUAGUUAUUGUCGACUUUUAUGGAACAUGGUGUGCUUCUUGUCGAGCAUUAUUUCCUAAGCUAUGCAGGAUAGCUGAAGAACAUCCAGAAAUUUUAUUCCUGAAAGUGAAUUUUGAUGAAAACAAACCUAUGUGCAAGAGUAUGAAUGUUAAGGUGCUUCCAUACUUCCACUUCUAUCGUGGGGCUGAUGGCCAGCUGGAAGCUUUUUCAUGUUCACUUGCUAAGUUUCAAAAGAUAAAAGACGCCAUUGCAACGCACAACACAGCUCGUUGCAGCAUUGGUCCUCCCAGGGGAGUUGGAGAUCUUGAUCUUGAAGCACUCUCUGCACCAAAGGACAAGCCAACACAAGCAUAGGCCGCGCCCUGUUUAGGCACUGUCUAGAUUUAUGGAUUGCUGUGCAUGUUAUACCCUCAAUGAAAUCUCCACGCAACACAAGCAAGCCAUCUAUUCAUAUUCUGUAUAUCUAUGAUUUUCUUUGUAAAAGAAUAUUGAAGCAGAAGAAUAUAAUUCUUUGUCAUUCUUGUUCUGGUUGUGAUGUGUAUGUAAAUCUUACUAAUGAAUUUUUCCUUUGAU